GUGAGGCUGACGGUGAGGGUAAAAGGGACAACAUCAAGAACAAAGGAAAAAUGGGGGAAGAAAAUGAAUCAAAUUUGAACCCUCAAAUUGGGGCAGAGAAAUAUCGUAGUCCUGUCCGGUUGAAAUGGAGCAGGGGACUCGUUUUCUUCAAUCUGGACAGGCUUGAUUGACGGAUUCAUGAGCGGACGAAACAACAAUCCAAUGAAUUCCAUGCAAAAUCUUCUGAGAGUUUUCCGAUCUUCUCGGAUUCCGCUUCUCAGAAACUUCUCCGAAAUGAACCUCCGUAGCCGUUUAUUUUGUUGCAUUUCUAGCUUCUAUGUUGGUAGCCGCCAUAUCUCUAGGUUCAUCUUUGAAAGCUUCCGAUCCCGACCAGGCGUGGAACUCGCCUGGCGCCAUUUUCUCUCUUCGUUUCCUUCCAUCGGAUUUAUCCCCUUCUUCUUCUUCUUAUAUCGCCGGCAUUUUCUCUCGAGAAAAGUUUUUGUCAUCUGGUCCGCUGGCGGCGGUGCUCCGGUGGAUGCUUCAGGUGCUCUUCACUUUCAAUCCGACGGCAACCUUCGCCUCGUCAAUGGCUCCGGUGCCGUCGUUUGGGAAUCUAACACCGCUGGCCAUGGCGUCUCCUCCGCUGUACUCCAGGACUCUGGCAAUCUUGUACUUCUAAAUAGUAGAUUCAUCCCCGUUUGGCCUUCCUUCGACAAUCCCACUGACACGGUUGCUCCAUCGCAGAAUUUCACAGUGAAUAUAGUCUUGCAAUCUGGCUAGUAUUCUUUUAAACUACUUGAUACUGGAAAUCUAACUCUUAUUUGGAAUGGUGAUGUAAUUUAUUGGAAUCAAGGCUUGAGUACGCCAAUCAGUGGCACUCUGGAUUCGCCUAUUUUACAAUUAAGUCAUACCGGGAAGUUGG